ACCGAAAGUAGAGAGAGGGAAGGAGAGGCUGGUGCCAGCCCUGCCCCCACACCAUGGCCAGCAGCCAGCUGCUGGAAGAUGACUUCCAGUUCCUCCACUGUGAGGGCUGCCAGCAGGAAUCUCCCAGCCUGAAGCUCCUCACCUGCCUCCACACCUUGUGCCUCGCUUGCCUGAGCCAGAACAAGCCCCUGGGGCAGUGCCCCCUGUGCCACACUGCCCUCCCCCCAGGGGCUGAGGGCACCUCCGAGGUGGACAACCUGCUCUUCACCAACCUGCAGGCCAGGCUGAAGGUCUACAGGAAGAUUGUAGCUGGGGUUGGCUUGUGGUGUGGCAACUGCAAGAGAGCCAGCGAGCUCUGGUGCUUUGAGUGCAGGGAGCUCCUCUGCACCAAGUGCUUCAGGGCCCACCAGCGCUACCUGAAGGGGCACGAGAUGAAGAGAGUGGUGGAGAUCAGGGCAGGCUCUGCCAAGGACUUCCUGGAGGGCAGCAGGAGGAACAGCAGCUGGUCCUGCUCCCAGCCUAGGCACAAGAACCAAACUGUGAGCAUCUACUGCCGGCAGUGCGGGCAGGCGCUGUGCUGCUCCUGCGCGCUGCUGGACAGCCAGCACGCUCCCUUCUGCGACAUCCGCAGCGAGAGCCAGCGGCGGCAGCAGGAGCUGGGCGCCCUCGGGCAGCAGGUGCGGCGCGGCAGGAGCGGGUUCGAGGCGGCCGUCUCGGCGCUGCGGGCCCAGGCCGGGCGGCUGGAGGAGGCUUGGCGGGAGCUGCGGGAGCUGAUCCGGCAGCGUGCGGAGCAGCUGGUGGCGCUGAUCCGGCGGGAGGAGGAGGAGCUGCUGGGGCUGGCGGAGGCGCGUCGGGAGCGGGGCCGGGGGCGGCUGGAGGCGGAGCUGCGGCGGCUGGAGGGGGUGGUGCGGCGGCUGGAGGCGGGCGAGCGGCUGGUGGAGAAGAUGGGGCUGUACGGCACGGAGCAGGAGGUGAUGGAGAUGCAGCCGUUCGUGAAGGGCUCGCUGCAGGAGCUGCAGCGGCUGCAGCCGCCGGCGGGCGAGGAGCCGGCGCCGGGCCGGGAGCUGUCGGAGUGCAGAGCCAGGCUGCAGGCGCUGGUGGAGCGAGUGACAGGGCGCCCAGGCAGCUCCACUCCCCGGCACAGCUCCCCCUCUGAAGAUGCCACCCCCCUCAUCCUCGACCUGGAGCCCCCCAGGGAGCGCUGCCAGCCCGCUGGGGGUCUGCCCCCAGGCCUGCCUGCCCAGCACCAGCCCUGGGCCCCCUCCUUGCCCCUCCCCAGCGCCGGGGGACCCCUGUGCCCGGAGCGGGGGGGCCUGAGGGCUGAGGAAGGCUGCAGGUCGGCCCCUGGGGACACUGAGCCUCUUCCCAGGAGCAUCCAGGGCUUCCUGGCCUCCCUGAAGGAGGAUUUGGGUGGCUGGGCCAGGUCCAACACGCAGCAGACGGAGGAGCUCCUGGGGACCGUCGGCCACCUCCUGCAGGCUCAGCAAAGGACAAACAGGCACCUGGAAGCCAUGAUUCAGGAGAUCCAGGCCCUCUCCCGCUCCCUGGCCCCCCUCACCUCUCUCGUGGCUCCUUUGCCACAGCCUGGGGCCGCCCCGCCGGACCUCCUCAGCCCGGACACCGCCUGGCCCUCGCUGCCGUCGGACCUGCUGGAGCUCCCGUCCUGCUCGGAGCCCUGCAGCCCAGCCUCGGAGGGGGAGCGUCCCGAGCCGAGGCGCCGCGCCGGGGGCAAGCGCGGAGCCAGGCUGCAGAAGCGGAGGAGGAAAUGA